AUGCGGGGCGGCAUAUGCACCAUCUCUGCACUUGCAGUAAGGAUGCUGUUGUUCCUGCUCCCCGCAGCCUUUCUCGUGCAAAUCCUUCCCCCCGGGGCUCAGGGUGGGGGGAUCGUCGGGGGACAGGAAGCUGUGCCCCACUCCAGACCCUACAUGGCUUUUCUGAAGAUGAAAAGAUGCUUUGGACUCGUGAAUACCUGUGGAGGGUUUCUGAUCCGGGAGGAUGUGGUGGUGACGGCGGCUCACUGUAGAGUGAACAAAGGCAUCGUGAUACUGGGGGCCCACAACAUUUCGAAGACAGAACAAAGGAGGCAGAAAAUUAGAGUGAAGCGCUGGAUUCCCCACCCCGAAUAUGAUAAAAUGACUGACAACAAUGACAUCAUGCUGCUGCAGCUGAGAAACAAGGCUGAACUCAAUGACUGGGUGCAGCCCAUCAGUCUGCCCCACCCCUGGCCGGAGGUACCUGUGGGCACGAAGUGCAACGUGUCUGGGUGGGGCCGGACGCAAGUUAAUUCCUCUAAGAAGUCGGACGUGCUGCGGGAUGUGGUUCUGGAGGUGAUGGCUGACAAGGUGUGUAAACGCAAGUUGACCAGACGAUAUGAUGCUGUGUCCAUGCUCUGUGCGGGGGAUCCCAAACACAAGAAAUCCACCCUGAAGGGUGAUUCGGGGGGCCCCCUGGUGUGUGAUGGGGUGCCCCAGGGCAUCGUCUCAUGGGGGCCGAGCAACGGGGCCUCUCCUGAAGUGUAUGCAAGAGUCUCCCGGUUCGUCCACUGGAUACAGAUGGUGAUGAAAGAGCUGAAGCCCCUGGAUGCUCCUGGAGUCUUGUCUCAAGCCUGA